UGUCAAUGCAAUCAUCUUAUCGAUUAACAUUUGUUUAUAUGACAACCAUUAUUAGUCUCUUACUAUUAUGGUUUUAUGUCAUGCCUCCUCAUGAUGAUGAUCCAUAUAUAUUACCCACUAGUAUUAUUUUAUCCAAUCAAUCAUCAAAUAACAAAAAUCAUCAUCCUUUCAUUUCAUCCUCUCAAUCUACGGAUCGUCUCUGUACACCUCAUACUUAUAAUCAAGGCAAAUGGGUUCGUAAACGGAUUCAUGUCAAGAACAACUCUACUCAUUCUUUUCAAUUAAAUGUGAAUUAUAAUUGUCCAUCUCACUUUGCUCAUAAAUGUUUUGCACGUAAUGAUAUUGAAUUACAAAGAAACAAACAGAUUGCUGAAUGGCAAUGGCAACCGGAUGAUUGUGAUCUUCUUCCCAUGGAUGCUUAUCCACUUGCCAAACAUUUAUCUACACAUCCUUUAUUAUUUGUAGGUGAUUCAAUCACUCAAUUACAAUAUGAAAGCAUGUCAUGUCUUUUAGGUACCUUUAUGACCACUCCUAAAACACCGACAAAUAUGACAGGAGGUGAUAAAAAGAUCAAAGUCAGUGAAUUAAUUUAUUCAUUACCUAAAUCAACCGAUGAAGAUGACAAUGAUAAUAAUAAUAGUAAUACUAUUAUUUCUCCUUCCUUGGCUUAUCUUCGUUCUGAUUUUUUGGUACGUGUUGAUGAUUUCAAACUUAUUCAACCUUUUGAAAAAGAAGGUGAUUUAUUAGGUGUUGGACAUAAUUUUCCUUGGGUUCAUGCUUUAUCUCGCUUCGACUACAUUGUUAUUAAUACUGGCGCACACUGGCAUACCAAUGUUCGUUGGGGACCUAAUACUACCGAAGAAGAAUUACUUCAAGGAUUUCGAGAUGCUAUGACUAUUGUAUUUGACUAUUUGAAAAAGGUUGUUCAACCUCAUCAACGUGUAUGGAUUCGAAGCACACCAUUUGGACAUAAAAAUUGUUCUCGCUAUACCAAACCUGCCUCAUUGACUUCUCCUUUACACCCUCCCACUGGACAACAAGGUGAAUAUGAAUGGCAUUUGUUCCCCGUCUUUGAUGCUGUAUGGCGAGAAUGGAUCAAUGAUUGGAAUCAAAAACAUACAUUUGAUACUCGUUUUGCUUACUUGGAUAUUUCGGAUAUGACAAAUCUUCGUGGAGAUGCUCACUCAAAACCUGAUCGUGAUUGUUUACAUACUUGUUUACCAGGUCCUGUGGAUGAUUGGAAUCGUUUAUUGUAUCAUGAAAUUGGAAGACAUAGUCUGGAACAAGCUAAACUGGAAACAACUAAACUUCAACAACAUUCAUCAUAAAAUAUAGAUUGAAUAUACUUUUUUUUUUAAUCGUAAUAAUGAUCAUAUACCCUCUCUCUCUUUUUGUAUUAUUAUUUUUAGAUUGUUUUAUUUUUGAAAUAAAGAAUGAUUAUUUACACAUUGCAGUUUUAUCUUUAGGAUUCUAAUACUCCUUCCAUAACGAUAAC